AUGUCGAUCCCAGGCCCACGAUCAACUCUGCCAUACAUCGGCCGGUUUCACGACGUGGAUCGCAACAACCCCAGCCGAUCCAUGAAGAAGUUAAGUGACCAAUACGGUGGUUUAUUCUCGAUGACGCUUAGUGGAGAAACGCAUAUUUGGGUUGGUAGGUCGGAUAUCGCAUUCGACCUGCUGUGCAAGAAUGCCGCUAUAUGCUCCGGAAGAGCGGAUUUGGGCGCGUAUCCGGGUGUAACCAAAGAUUCAGGUACCUUCCUCUACUUGGAAAAUCUGGUCCGGCAACGCAAAUUUACGCAUACCGUCAUCCUCCGGAAUGUCACAAGCAACUUCUCGGGAUACAUUACUCUGGAGGCGAAGCGGUAUUUCUACAACCUAUUAGCCAGGCCUAGCGACUUUCAUUAUGAAUCGUAUCUUUUCUGUGCACGUGUUACGGCUAGGCUAUCUUACGGAUCACCGGGUUCCGCCGAAGCCCAUCUCAGGAAUUCGAGAGAGUUCAUUCACCAGCUCAGUCCUUCAGGCCCGAUAACGAACAUGAUUCCAGCACUAGGGUAUCUUCCAGAAUGGCUAGUUCCAUCGAAACGAGAAGUCCGUGUUCGUCAACGGAGGGAGGCGAAGCUGUGGAUCGGGUUAUACAAGAAGGCGGAGCAGACAUAUGAGGAAGGGGGAGCACCUUUCACGUACGUGAGCGCGUACCUGGAUAGCAAGAGGGAGGGUGGCAAGAACCAAUUAUUCGACGAUGAAAUGGAGGCCAUUUAUACCAUCGGAAUGGUGGGUACGGUAGCGAUUGUGACGAUUGCGGGUGCACUGACGCUCUUCAUAAUGGCUAUGAUCCUCCAUCCAGAAUGGCAGGACAAAGUUCGCGAGAUUGAUGCAGAAUCAGGCGAUAGAUUGGUUGAGUUGAGUGAUGCACCGCGGCUGCCGACGCUGUGGGUUGCGAUAAAAGAGUAUCUGAGAUGGAAGCCCACGGUACCAUUAGAGGAAGACUACUCAUACGAUGGCUACCACUUCCCUAACACGCUGUUGUUCACAUCCUUGACGCUGCCCUUUCCCGCGAACCAAACCGGUAUUAAAAUGCCGAGAGUUAUAACCCGAGUCGAUGGCUGGGCAAAGAGUCUCCUUGGUCCCAGGGACCUUUGGCGCAACAUCUUCGACUGA